UCUCUGCUCAGGUGUCAGUAUCAGAUGUUUGCUUUUAAGGCAAAAACACGUUAAAAAUCUCUUCUUUAGGAGUCACUCUUUAGCUGCUUCAGACCUUCUGACUUGUGACUAUUUUUUGUCUAAAAGGGAGAAGACAACAGCGAGGAGCUUUAUUCACAGGAUUUUUACUGUAAACAAAAACAAGUGUCUCUCAGCUUAUUCAUCUCUCAUAUGGCUCCAACCUGACCUGAUUCCUCUGAAGCACAUCCUUCACAUAGAUAGACUUCAAGAUAUCAUGCCGUUUUGCUCAAGAUGACCGACUUGCAAAAUAUGCAUAUAAAGGGAAAGGAUUUGGGUCAAACUCUGGACUGGACCUACAUUGAGUGGCAUGAUGAGGACAUGGCCAAAAGAAUGGAUGCUCAAACCCAAACUUUUAACGAGACUGUGGACAAACAAACCCAAACGUCAAAUCCGUACCUGAUGCGGAUUGAGCUGGCCAGAAGUUCGUCCAGGUUGAGAUUUGACUCCCUGGGUGAGAUGGAUGGCAUGCGAACUCCACUCUUUCAGUUUGACAGGCAAGCACCAGCGCGUAUUUCUACAUCUCCUACACUAAGGAGGAUGAGAAGCACCAGGCUUCCUUCCCAGGAUCUUGGAAAAAUGGGCAGUGCUCGGGAGGAGCCAGGGACGAGUGAUUGCCCCUCAACAAGGAGCCCUUUAUCGCCUGCUUACCGACAAAAAACUCCCAUUGCACAGAUAGCCACAGAUAGCCAAUCCAAUGGUGACAGUCACUGGGACACCGACAGGCCCUCCAGAUUAAAGACAGAGGAUGGGAGUGAUUUUGAUCCAAGUAGUGUGAGUGAAAACGUGGACUCUGACGGUACAAUUGAUGACAGUGAUGAGGUAAAGGAGUUCAGUCAUAAAAGUCAUCUGCAGGAGAGAAGGCGGAGCUCCGUGGUGGUCACUCUUCCAGGAUUGGAUGUCUCCCCUGGUGACCUUUUUGUAUCCAAUGGUGCUGCAGACAUUUUAAAUCACUCCACGAGUGCAGAUACUAAGAAAUCAAAGUGGCCUUUUUCUAAACGUUCCACGACUAAAGGAAAGACACACACAGCUGCUGACAUUGAAAAAAGUCUCACAGACAUUCACAUCCAGGACUGGAGAAACACACACUUCCAGCAGUACAAGGAUUUGUCUCUGGGGGAGUUUUUAAGAAGCCAGCCUGAGCUGAGGGCAGAGGAGGAUCCCCAAGCAUAUAAGAGACAGGAGGCAUUAUGGGAACUUUUCACCACCGAAUGUGUGUACUUCCUAGAUCAGCUGAUGGUUUUGAAAGAGGUUUUCUUCACUACCCUGUCAGAACUGCAGAUGAAAGACUAUCUACAGGACAUUGACUCCUGGUCACUCUUUGCCAACCUUAAUGAGCUCUGCCUGGUUAGCUUCGGCUUUUUGACUAGUCUGUUUCGAGUGAUCAAGGAGUUGUGGGCAUCUCCGGAAACUCCAGAAAACGAGAGCACACAGUCCUUACUGGGCAUUCUCAAGAAGGCUUUUAGUGAGAGCAUUUGUCACUGUCUGCAGAAGUACUGUCUGAACUACAGCAAAGCCAUCCAGUACCUGGACAGUCUGAAGGCUCGGGACGACUUCGGCUCCUUUGUGAAGUGGUGCGAGAGCAAGAAGCAAUGCCGGAGGCUGCAGUUGAGGGAUCUGCUGGUGGUUCCUCUGCAGAGGUUUACACGUUACCCUCUUCUCUUGAAAAACAUGGAAAAGAGGAGCUGUACUGAGGCGGAGGAGAGUGCUUUGCAGAGCGUGGUUCAACUGGUGGACACAGCUAUAUAUGAUCUGGAGGGCAAGGUGAAGUGGUUGGAUAACUAUCAGAAAGUGAAGCUGCUGAAGGAGGCUUUGUUGUGGCCUUCAGUUUGGGAAAGAGACAAGAAGACCCACGUUCCAGAUAAUCUGAAACACUUGUUGAAAGCAGUGACUUUAGAAAACCUGGUGUCUAACCGUAACCUUCUGUAUGAGGGGAAGCUCACACUCACAGUGAAUGCAAAGCUGCAUGAAGUUUAUCUGUUUCUUUUUGAUGAAUUCCUCCUGAUUACCAAGAUGAAGCGAAAUAAAAAGAAAAAUGUAGGUGGAGAGACUCACCCACUGCGCCCUGCAGCAGGUCAGGAACUGGAGCAGUACUUGCAGGAGGGCUACAGCUUUACUGUGCUGGAUCAGCCCAUAUCACUGGACCGUCUGCAGCUCAGGAACAUAGACCAGCUCAACGCCACAGCGUCUGGGCUCCCCUGUUCUUUCAUCAUAACGCACCAGAACCGCUAUCAGCAGUGCAUUGGUGUUUUUAUUCUGCAGGCUCCGACAGAAUCUGUUAAGAAAGCAUGGCUGCUGGAGAUCGAGGAGGCCGCUGGCGCUCUGAUAAAGCAGGACUCUCGACAUCCGAGGCUCAAGAGCUCCUCUCUUUAUCUGGAGUCGUCUCAGAUCUGAUCCACCGCAUUAAAGGAUCUCACAUGUCCACAGUAGAAGCCGCUCACUCAGUCCUGCUACAGAGAACUUUCACACACACGACCGUGACUACUAAAGAAGGUUCCAGCACACUGUUGUGUGUCAUGUCUGGCUUGGAUAUCCAGCAGUAGCGAGUCGUGUGCUAGUGAUGUGCCUUUAAAUCUCUGGAAACAGGUUUAUUUACAACGGGCACAUUACCAGGGCAACGUCCACCUGCGUGGACAGAAUGGACGGCUGCUGUAACAUUUCACCCACUUUAGAAUAAAUGUGCCAGGGCUGGAACAUUUUGGCACAUGAAAUCCAGCACUAAAAUCCACCCCGCACAGACUCGUCUGUUUUAUGUAGAUUAAACAAUGUGUUUUUUUUAAUGAAAGUUUCUUUUAAAGCUGC